CAAACGAAAACCCUAAAAGAGAAAAGGAGGCGAAAAUGGUGCAGCGUCUUGUUUACCGGUCGCGACACAGCUACGCCACCAAAUCGAACCAGCACCGUAUCGUCAAGACUCCAGGAGGUAAAUUGGUGUAUCAAACCACAAAGAAGAGAGCUAGUGGCCCCAAAUGUCCUGUUACUGGCAAGCGUAUUCAAGGAAUCCCUCACUUGAGGCCCUCUGAAUACAAGAGGUCAAGAUUAUCAAGAAACAGGAGGACUGUAAACCGAGCUUAUGGUGGAGUUUUGUCUGGCUCUGCAGUCAGGGAAAGGAUUAUUCGGGCAUUCCUUGUUGAAGAGCAAAAGAUUGUGAAGAAAGUGUUGAAACUCCAAAAGGCCAAGGAGAAAGUAGCCCCCAAGGCUUAAGCUUUUAUGUUUUCUUCUCUGUUUUGGGAUUAUGGCUAUGUUCAAGUGAUAGGACUUGGUGCAGUCAUGUGAGAACAUCUAUGUUACUCAUCCAAUUUUUUAAGCUUUGUGUUGUGUUUUUGGUUCUUAACUUUGUCGACAAUUCUCUUCUCUUCAGUUUUGGUUUCUGCUUUCAUUACUGAAUUCACCUUUAACUGUUGAACCAGAUCUCGUAAGCUGUUGUGGUUACCUUGGUUAAUAUAUAAUUUCAAACUUU